CGCUCCACCCCGGCGCGCAAAACCCUCUCCCCCGAAUCAGCGCCGCCAGCCACCCCACCUCCCGAGCACCAAGCACCAGCGGCGGCUGCUGCAGUCAUGGCGGUCGGUAAGAACAAGCGGAUCUCCAAGGGAAAGAAGGGCGGCAAGAAGAAGACAGUCGAUCCCUUCGCCAAGAAGGACUGGUACGACAUCAAGGCCCCUUCCGUAUUCAGCGUGCGCAACGUCGGCAAGACGCUCGUGUCCAGGACACAGGGUACCAAGAUUGCCUCCGAUGGCCUGAAGCACAGAGUUUUUGAGGUCUCCUUGGCCGAUCUUCAGAGUGAUGAGGAUCAGGCUUACAGGAAGAUCAGACUUCGCGCAGAAGAUGUACAAGGGAGGAAUGUGCUCACAAACUUUUGGGGCAUGGAUUUCACCACUGACAAGCUCAGGUCACUGGUGAGGAAGUGGCAGACACUCAUUGAGGCUCAUGUCGAAGUCAAGACCACUGAUAACUACAUGCUCCGCCUGUUCUGCAUUGGUUUCACCAAGAGACGCCCCAACCAAGUUAAGCGCACGUGCUAUGCUCAGGCCAGUCAGAUCAGACAGAUCCGCCGCAAGAUGGUUGAGAUCAUGACCAACCAGGCCGCUACCUGCGACUUGAAGGAGCUGGUAUCGAAGUUCAUUCCUGAGGUCAUUGGUAAGGAGAUCGAGAAGGCAACAUCAAGCAUUUUCCCUCUCCAGAAUGUGUUCAUCCGCAAGGUGAAGAUCCUGAAGUCCCCCAAGUUCGAUCUGGGGAAACUCAUGGAGGUCCAUGGUGACUACAAGGAGGACAUUGGUGUGAAGCUGGAGAGGCCUGCUGAGGUAGAUGAGGUCGUGGCAGGACAAGAGGUCCCUGCUGCUGAGUAGAGAGUCGUUAUCACUAUUUUGCUGCUUUUAUAUUUAGAAGAUAAUAUGUGCUACCUAUCAAGGUGGGUGACGUGAACUUCGUAGAGUAAGUUUUGAUGCCUGCUUUCCUGAACACUUCGACUAGACCUAUCCAGUGGCGGCUUGUUUUCAUAUGAAAAUUGUAGAAUGUUUUCAGGGUACCAUGGUUCAUUUGUUUGUUUGAGUCGAAAGUUAUUGUUUGUGAUGCUUGGAUGCAAUUUAUUUUUUUCAGUUCUGUGCA